AUGACUCCUCUAGAUACCCUCUCACGGGACCUGGACACGAGCGCCCCUUUGACGACAUCUCCGAACGAACCCAUCGAGGAGGUCACCGCGCCAAUCCCAGAAGAGGAGUUCCCAACGACCACGAAGAAAUCCAAGAAGGACAAGAAAAAGAAGAAGGAUCUCGUUGAAGAAUCUGUACCAGAGCCACCACCUGUGUCGGAGGAGCCGACUGUCAUGGAUGAAGCUGUGCCAACUCACCUGCCCCCGGAGGAUGACUCUUUUUUCGCGAGCACCAGCAAGAAGGACAAGAAGAAGAAGAAGGGCCUUCUGGCUGCUGCUGCUCUAGUGGUUGCGGCCGCCUCUAGUGUUGAAGCCUCCCCGCCUUCCAACGACGAUGAAAGCUCCCGCCAAGCGCCCGCCGAGGUACCCGACAACUCCCAAGCAACGACAGAUGUGCCACCAGCGGUCGAAGAGGUUUCGACCCCAGUUUUCGAUGAAGCGCAGCCGACAGAUACCCUCCCCGAAUCCUUGGACCAGACCGCUGUUGCUGACGACGAGUUCCCUGUGGUCAGCAAAAAGUCUAAGAAGGACAAGAAGAAGAAAGGCAAAUCCGAGCCAGAGGCUGACCUCGAACCGGAGGUCCAGGCCGAACCCGAGCCCACUCAGCCCGCCACACUGAGUUGGGCGGACGACAUCCCUGCUGAGCCUCCACAAGAGCCUGAAGCCCAGCCAGAACCUUCUGCGGUUGAGCCGGAGGAGGAGCCUGCUCCUGUUGUUGGCAAGAAAUCUAAGAAGGACAAGAAGAAGAAGGGCAAAGGCAACGCUAGCUCGGAGCCUGCAUCUGAGGUCGCGACACCUGUCGAAGAUCUCUCACCAUCUCUGGAGCUUCCACCUGUGACUGAGGACCCGGCUCCUGCUGAGGCAGCGCCGGUUGUGUUAGCCGACGCGGCGCCUACUGAUGAGUGGGCGGAGGCAACGUCUACGAAGAAGAAGUCCAAGAAAGACAAGAAGAAAAAGAAGGGCCUUCUUUCGGAUGACCUCGAAACCCCAUCUCCAGAUUCUCUCGCCGCACCAACAGAAACCGUUGCCGAGCCUGCCGUUGAUCUUCCUACCGUAACGGAUGAUCUUGUCACUUCGGAGCCUGCUGCCAUCGAGACACCGGCUACAGAGACGCUGGUUGCUGAGACGCCUGUAGUUGAUGAACGGGAAGAGCAAAUUUCCGUGUCCGAGAAGUCAAAGAAGUCAAAGAAGAAUAAGCUUCAGGACGAUUCAGCUCUGGAAUCUGGUGCUGCGACGCCUGUUGAAGAAGUCAGCCAGGAUACCAAGGCUCUCGACUUGGCUACCACCGACGACAUUCCGCCCGAACCCACCCCCGUCGAGAUUCAAGAAGAACAUACCCUCACCCCCGACAAUUCCGCCCCCGCCCCCGAAGAGCCCGCCGCAGAUGAUGAGUGGGGCGCAGCGCCGACGAAGAAGUCGAAGAAGGACAAGAAGAAGAAGCGAGCGAGCCAGAUCGAGCCAGAACCCCCCCUCAGCGCCGAUCGAGUGGAAGACCAGGAGUUGCAGCAAAGUCCUCAGGUACGGGAUAGUAGCCAGGAAUCACCUCUCGAUACGGCAGGCGCGAGCCCGCCUGUUGAGGAGGUGUUGCCUGUACCUGAUGUUGCCGCCGAGACGAGCGUUGCUCCUGUUGAGAAUGCCGUUGUCGAAACUGCUGCUGCUCCCGGGGCUGCGGACGAAUGGGCCGACCUUUCGACCUCCAAGAAGGGCAAGAAAAAGAACAAGAAGGGCAAGGGUGUCAUUGAGCCUGAGCCUGAGCUUGAGGUCAUUGCCGAGCCCGCUUCCGAGCCUGUUGUCGCGCCAGCUUCUGAGCCACUCGUUGAGACUGUCCCUCAAGUUGCCGAUCUUACCGAUUCUGUGGUUCCCCUUGUAGAUCCUGCUACGCCUGUGGAUCCUGCUGCCGAAGCUGUCGUGGAGCCUGUCGAUGAGUGGGCUCAGCCGGCAACGUCGAAGAAGAGCAAGAAGAACAAGAAGAAGGGCAAGGCUGUUACUGAGCCCGAACCCGAACUUACUUCGGAGACAAUUGCUGAGCCCGUCCAUGAGCCCGCUGUUGAGCCUACCAUCGAUCUUGUCACCGCGCCCAUCGACCUUAUAACUUCUGAUGUCCUGCCUGCUCAAGACGCUGCGCCUGUGGCUUCCGAGCAACCGGCCAUUGAGCCAGUUGACGAGUGGGCGGAGCCCGCGACGACAAAGAAGAACAAGAAGAAUAAGAAGAAAGGCAAGGGCGUCGUUGAGGUCGAGCCUGAGCCUGAACCUGUUCUUCAGUCUGUCACCGAGCUCGCAACUGAGCCUGUCGCCGAGCUCGCAACUGAGCCUGUCACCGAAUCUGUGUCUGAAUCGGUAGGCACCAUUGCUACAGAUGCACCUGCUGCUACCGAAGAACCAGUGGUGGAGGCUUUUGAUGAAUGGGCCGAAGCCGCCACGUCAAAGAACGGCAAAAAGAAUAAGAAGAAGGCCAAGGGUGUUGUUGAGACCGAGCCCAAGCUUGAGCCUGAAAUCAUCCCGGAGCCUGUUCCUGAGGCCCUCUCUAAGCCUACCCCUGAACCGGCCGUCGAUUCUCCUGCUGAGCCAGUCGAUCUUGUGACCGCCGAUGUGCCUGUUCCUUCCGAGGAGCCCAUCGCUGAGCCUGCUGAUGAAUGGGCUGAGCUCACGACAUCAAAAAAGGGCAAGAAGAACAAGAAGAAGGGAAAAAGCUUAACCGUUGAGUCCCCUCUUGAGCCCGUCGUCGAGCCUUUGCCCGAAGCCGCCGUGGAGCCUGUUACCGCGCCUGUCGUAGUGCCGGAAGCCGUCUCCGAGCCUGCUCCUGAGGUGCAAACGGCUAUUGAGACUGAGCUUGUUGCUCCUCUGGAUGAUAGCUCCCGCAACCUCGAUACACCGCCAGCGGAAUCGGGCUCACCCGCCGAGGAUCAGUCGUCUGCUGCCGUUGACGACUGGGCUGAUCUCUCUUCUUCCAAGAAAAGCAAGAAGAACAAGAAAAAGACUAAGGCCACGGAUGAGCCCGCACCUGCUAUUGCGGAGGAGCUGCCCAGAGCGCAAGAUGAAAUUCGGGAAGCCACUAUGGAUGCCGCUGCCGACCCGAUCGUGACGGCCGAACCUACCCCUCUUCCCGAGCAGGAGCCUGUUGCUGAUGAGUUCGCCGAUCUUGGUUCGAAAAAGAGCAAGAAGAAUAAGAAAAAGGUCAAAAGCCUUGUCUCCGUAGAGCCCGAGAUAACGGUAGAGCUCCAAUCGGAGCCCGCUCACGACGCUGUCGAUUCGACUGCCAUUGAGUCAUCUUCUACCCUUUCAGAUCCAGCGACUGUACUUGAGGAUAUUCCUGUCAUUGAGUCGAGCACGCCUCUCGACCAAGAUGCGAUCGCUGCCGCGGAUGAGUGGGCUGACUUUGGCACCAAGAAGAACAAGAAGGGCAAGAAGAGCAAAGGUGUCACUUUUGACGACGCCGAGCUCCCCCCCACGACCGACGUCACUGAGCCCUCUCGCGAUAUUGGCUCCGCCGAGCCUGGUCUUCCAGUGGAUGUCAACUUGGCCGAAGCGACAGCCAUUCCCGAAGCCGAAGUUGAGCCCGUCAUUGAGGCUGAGGUGCCCACAACUACAAAUGAUGAGUGGGCUGAUUCCGGCUCCAAGAACAGCAAGAAGAAGAAGAAGAAGGGCAAGUCUGUUGCUUUCGACGAACCAGAGACCACUGUCGAAACCGCUUCCAAGCCUGUCGUCACCCAGGAUGAGCUUGUCCUUCCUUCGGAACCUACUCCUAUCGAAACCCCGACUUUGCCGCAAGAGGUCGAAGUCUCUACCGAGCAAGCAUCUUCCGCACCUGUCGACGAAUGGAACGACUUUGGCAGCACCAAAAAGAGCAAGAAAAAGAAGAAGGGCAAGGGCAGUGUUCUUGACGAGUUUGAGCCUGCCACCAGUGCUCCUCUGGAAGCACCUUCGGAAGCUGCCAUUGACACUCAAGCCGUUCCUGAUUCCGUUGAUCCGACUGUCGCCGAAGACGUCACUGCCGAGCCUCUUGCUGUUAUUCCUGCCGAAACGGAGGUUUCGACGCCCGUGGACGACUGGGCUGCUAGCAGCACUAAGAAAAGUAAGAAGGGCAAGAAGAAGGCCAAGGGUUCUGCUUUCGAUGAACCCGAGCCGUUUCUCGAACCUGUUGUUGAAGCAACCCCCGACGUCAUCGUCGAGGCCCCGGUUGAGGCUGAACCUGUCCCAGCUGCUGAGCCGGAGGUUGCCAACCCCGUUGAUGAAUGGGCUGAGAGCAGCAACAAGAAAAGCAAGAAGGACAAGAAGAAGAAGCGUCAAAGCGCAGCCUGGGACGAUCCCGAACCUAGCACACCCGCUUCGACUGAGAGCCCUGCUCAUCAAGAAGAGCCAGUCGUUGUUGACGCUCCUCGCGACCUCUCCAUUGAGGCGGAACACGUUACGGCAUCCAGCGAUCUGCCUGGUGCUCAAACCAAGGAGGUCCAGGAGGCUCUCCCUGCUUCCAGCGAACCUCGUGUCGAAGAAGUCGUCGACAAGACCAUCGAGGAGGUUGUGUCUUCACAAGAAACCCCGCAGUCUAUCGAAGAGCCUGCAGAAGACCCCGCAAAUGUCUCCUCUGUCAAAAAGUCCAAAAAGGACAAGAAAAAGAAGCGUGAUAGCCUCGCUCAGUUUGACGAUGAGCCACAGCCCGUCCAAGAAGACGCCGUGCCCACGCCCCAAGAAGAGCCCGUCUUUGAUACGGCAAUCAGCGAGGACCCAGCCGUCGUACCCGAAGUUGUCGAAGAACCCUUCGCCGACUCGUUCUCCAGCAAGAAGUCAAAGAAGGAUAAGAAGAAGGCCAAGAGGCAGUCUCUUCUGAUGGAUUCCGAGCCGGCCACCCCCGCCGAAAGCCCUAUGGCUAUCGAAGAAGCACCAACGACCUAUGCUGAGACACCUAUCGUCGAGGAGCAGCAGGCCGAUAUCGCGGAGACGCCCGCUGCUGCUGAGGCUGAGCCUUCCAUUGUUGCUGAAGAUGUCAAGCCCAUCGACCUUGAACUACCUGCAGUCGUCCCGGGGGCUGUCGAAGACAAAGUGAUCGAUCAGCCUCUCGAGCCGGUACAGGCUGUCGACGACGACGCUGACUGGGGUGUAUUUACCGCCCCCAGCAAGAAGUCUAAGAAGGGCAAGAAAGGGAAGGCCUCCGCCGAUACGUCCGAGCCUGUGUCACGAGCAUUAUCACCUUCUCGUGAAUUGGACUCUGCCGCCCUUUCUUCUGUGAUCGAAGGGCCUGAAGCUGUGCCCGAAGUUGUGCCAGAGAUCAGUGAGCCUGCAUUUGAAGAACCUGCACCACAGCCCGAGCCUGUCAUUGAUGACGAGUGGGCCUUGCCUACGAAGAAAAAGAAGGGCAAGAAAGGCAAAGCAGCCGCAGUCCUGGAUGUGGAUAGUCGAGAAACCAGCCUCCCAGUCGAGUCCCCUGCUCUCGAGGAAGUACUAUCCACUGCACCUGAAGUUGUCGACAUCACUGAAGCGACCGAGAAGGCCCCUGUACCAGUUGAACCAGUUCUUGCCGAGCCAUCGGGUGAACCUGAGCCUGUGGCAGAAGAUGAGUGGGCUCUGCCUUCAUCCAAAAAGAAGAAGAAGGGCAAGAAGGCCCAUCGCUCCGGCUGCCACUAG